CUCCUCCCUAUCAUCAUGCGCUGUCGACCCCGUCAGCACGAUCGUUCGGGACAUGCAGUCCGGCUGCGGAGACGGCGGACACUACACGUCGUACAGCUGCUUCUGCACGGCCAGUUCCGCGUAUUUCGCGAGUUUGAUUUCCAGCGAGGUGGGAUCGAGCUGCUCGAACUCGGACUCGGGGAGUGAGGUGUCAACUGCGCUGGAGGUAUUUCAUAGUUAUUGUUUGUUGGAUGGGACGGAUGGGGAUACAUUAGCAUCGACGGCGACGACCCUCUCGACAAUCACCUCAUCUUCAUCAUCAUUAUCAUCUUUAUCCUCAACGUCCACAUCCACAUCCACCCUCGAACCAGCUGCCUCCGCCACCGCUCCGGCUGCAUCCUCCACCUCCCCCCCAACAUCAACAACAACAACGACGACGACAAACAAAUCCAGCUCCGAAUCCCUGACCCCCGGCUCCAAAGUCGCCAUAGGCGUCUGCGUCUCCAUAGCCGGAAUCGCGCUCAUCAUCGCAGGGUUCUUCUUCCUCCGCCUCCGUCGCCAGUCCCAAUCUCACAACAGCAUAAUGCUGGAUUCCAGGGCCCGCACGCCCCGCGAGCUGCACACCCCGAGGGAGAUGUCAGGGGAUGUGUACCGACGGUAUGAGCUGGCGGAUCACAGGAGUGGGCAGAAUCAGAAUCAGAGUCAGGUGUUUGAGCUGGCUGGUGGGCAUUGAGGAGAAUAGAAUUGAGAGGGGAAGUAUAAUGGAUGGGAAUUUGAUGAAUGGGUGGAUGGGUUGAGGUGAGGUAAUCAAGAGCAUUGGGGUUGGAAUAUUGAGGACGAUGAUUUAAUUAGGAUAUAAUGAGUAGGUCGUGGUAUUAUGUAUGUUCUGGAUUCUUUUCGGUAGUGGGUGUUCGGAGCGGGGAUGGUUUAUUGCAGUUUGAUUUGGCUUGCUUUGAUGUGAUAUGGUAAUUGAUGGUUGGUUGUUCUAUGAGGCUUUUAGUUAUAUAUCGUCUGCUUUUAUCUGGUGCUGUCCUUCUAGGGGGUUGGUUGUUGUUAUUUAUCUCGUGC